UGCUGGUUGUUUGAUUAGAAUGUCUAUCACAGGACCCAUCAAUGUCUUCCAUGCUUGAAAUUUAUGCCAAUCCAUCAUUAAGAAGGAAGCGUAAACAGGAAACGGCACACUUCAACCAAGAUCCAUGUUUGAAACUUAUUUUAGAUGAGACAGAGAAUGGUGGUCCUGCUGUAAUGAUGAGAUACUGGAAUGAUGAGAAGGUUUUGAAAAUGUUUGGACUGGUCAUGGGCAUUCCUCUAGUUGCUUCUGAAAAUUCUCGGCUAUGUGAGACAGAAAAUAUGGGAAAUGAAGAUGAAUCAAUCGUUCAUCAUACUGCUAUUAUUGGCGACAUCAAGGUAUGGCAUGAUGGCUAUUCACUUUAUCGUUGAAUCCAUUCAAAUGAAACAGUAAAAGAUAAAAUUUGUAGUUGUCCACAAGCGUGAAACUUUUUGGGAUAGAUGGUGCAGAUGUAGAACACAUUAAGUUAAGGUUAAGUUCACGCUGAAUUUUAAGAAAUUAAAAUAGGCUUCGAGUGUAAUGAAUUGUCUUGCUAUUGGAAUUGAAACUCCGGCUUUCUGAAUAAUUUGUAUAAGGAAUGUCAAAAUGAAUCGCAGUCAAGUAA